AUGGCGUCUAACGGUUUUUGUGUGAAACUUGUAGCAUUAUGGGAUCCAACCACUAGUGGUGGUGUCCCUCAAGUGAAAGGAGCAAAAGCUUUCUCUUUUGAGGAACUUGGCAAAUGCACAAACAAUUUCUCGGAAACCAACAACAUAGGAAUUGGUGGAUAUGGAAUGGUAUAUAGAGGAAGUCUACCAAAUGGGCAGCUGAUUGCCAUUAAACGGGCUAAACAGGAUUCAACACAGGGGGCACUAGAGUUCAAAACUGAGAUUGAGCUUCUUUCGAGAGUUCAUCACAAGAAUCUUGUGAGUCUUGUAGGUUUUUGUUUCGAUCAAGGUGAACAGAUGUUGGUCUAUGAGUAUAUCGUCAAUGGCACAGUCAAGGAUAGUCUUUCAGGAAGAUCUGGAAUGAGGUUAGAUUGGACGAGAAGACUUCGAAUAGCACUAGGAGCAGCAAAAGGGUUACAAUACAUGCAUGAUCUUGCCGAUCCUCCAAUUAUACAUAGAGAUGUUAAAACAAACAAUAUCUUAUUAGAUGAACGCCUUGUCGCAAAAGUUGCUGAUUUUGGCCUUUCCAAAUCACUGGGCGAUGCUAAUAGAACUCAUGUUACCACUCAAGUCAAAGGCACAAUGGGUUACAUGGAUCCUGAGUAUUACAUGACACAACAGUUGACAGAAAAGAGCGAUGUUUAUAGCUUUGGAAUCGUGUUGUUGGAACUGAUAACUGCAAGGAAUCCAAUCGAGAGAGGGAAGCACAUCGUGAGAGAAGUGAGACAAGCCAUGGACAAAAGCAAAGAGUUAUACAAUCUUAACGAGGUCCUUGACCCGACUAUUGGUUUGAGUAGUCAACUCAAAGGUAUGGAAAGAUUUGUUGAUUUGGCAUUGAGUUGUGUGGGGGAAAUAGGAAGUGAAAGACCAACAAUGAGUGAUAUUGUGAAAGAAAUCGAGGGGAUUAUGGAACUCAUGGGUCUUAACCCGCAUGCUGAGUCAGCAGCAAAUUCAGCAGGCUAUAAUGAUAGAAGUCGUGGAAGUGAGCAUCCCUAUACUAAUGAUAAUCUUUUUGCUUAUAGUGGUCACCAUUUCUCAAUCAAGUUUGACCCCAAGUAGAAAUGAUAACCGGUUUCAGCUAUUUGAUGAUAAAACAAUUUCUUUUGUCUAAAUUAACAUUGUUUUGUAUAACUACACGGAUUUUCGAAUGAAGCGUGUGAGGAUUUAUCCAUUUAUUUAAAUUUGGAGUAAAUUACACGAAUGGUCCCUAUGGUUUAGUGUAAUUUACGUGUUUGGUCCCUAACUUAUUUUUUUAACUUGGAAGAUCCCUACUGUUUGUUUUUGUUACGCUCUUGGUCCCUGU